CGUCAGUUUUAGAACUAGAGCAUAUCUAUUGUAUAAUUAUUCCUUCCUCAAGUGUCUUUAAUAUUUUUUAAAGUUGUUUGGGAUUAGGGAAAUUGCAAGUUGCAACGCAAAGAUUGACAUAUAAUUUGGCGCCAAAAAGUGUAACCCUUUUUCGAGGUUAUUUUCGGGUGUUCCUUUUUCUUUAAAAAUAAUAAUAACGAGUGCAAAAAUGGACUUAUUAAACUGUAGGCCCGACCAAUGGUACCUAAACGAAACGAAAUAUUCGGAAUUACUUCAAAACGAACAAAUCUGGAAUCAGAUUCCACUGUUGAAUGCAAACGAGCUGCACAAUUUCCAAGACUGGCAACUGGUUCGCUUCCAGGGCAUGAUACAGGAUAUGCACGGUCCCGAACUCUACUUGGAAAAAUUCACUGUUACAAACACUGAAACUGCAGAAAGUACUAUUAAAUACGGCAAAUACGUUGAUGGUGCAGACUGUAAGUCUAAUGAAACCAUUGAGGAAUGUCCCUCAACCACUCCAAGUGAGCGGCAUGUUUACGUUGCAAUUUCAAUCCCUGGUAUUAAUCCAUGGGUUCAUAAACUUGAGGAGGACAGGUACAAACUACCGUCUACAAGCUCUUCAACUUCAGUGCACUUAAAACGACCCGUUGAAGAAAUGGAAGUCGCUAGUGCAACUGAACCAUCAAACUCUAACAAGCGCCCAUGUAAUCAGUCAGCACAACCUGCAGAAACAACACCUGUUGUUUCCCAAGAGUACCUUUUAAAUUUCCCAAUCCCCAAUCCGUCUGGCAAAGUAUGCCACUUAAAAGUAUACAAAGACAUGGACAAGAUUAAAUUGAACUCAAUUUGUGAAUUUGUGGGCUUUUUGUCCCUCAAUCCGCUUUUAGGGGCUAACAUUGAUGAUGAUAUGAACGGUCUGGAGUCUCAAAUUCACAAUCCUCCUCCGUGUUUAAUUCCUAGAAUUCAUUGUGUGUCGUUCAAAUCAUUGACUCACAAUAAUCCAUUAGUUACGCACGAAAAAAUGAGCGCUGAUAAAAUGCAGAUCAUUAGAAAAGAACUUUUGAUUCUAUUAACACAAUUAAUGUGUGGAGAUGAAUUGGCAGCCGAGUAUUUAAUUUACCACUUCAUUUCUAAAGUCUACUUGCGGAAAGAUUUAAUGGCACUUGGAAAAUUUUCCUUAAACAUUUCCAACGUCCCAAUGCUUGAAAACAUUGAUUAUGUCCAGGAAAUUUACAAGUUUGUAGAGACCCUCACUACCAAAAGUCAUUAUUUGCCGAUGUUGCUCGAGAAUAUGAAUGAGCUCAAUUUUGUUCCAAAAAAAGACUACAGUUCGGAUCGUUUAACAAGUAGUGUUUUGCAAUUAAGUGAUAAUACUCAUUUGGUGUUGGACGAGACGAAACUAACUCCGGGAAAAUUAAACGAGGGCGGAGUUACCGGAGUUCGCGCUCUUUCAAACACCAUCAAGAACCAAAAAAUCAUGUACGAUUUCACGUACUAUCAGCUCGAGUAUGAUUGUGAUAUUCCGUUUCUUGUGUUUUCUGAAGGCAAAUCAAUGCUGCCGAGCGAUGUUCAUGUAAUUCUCAAACCAGAAGAAAUGCAUUUAAAGACUUUCAGCGAGAUUCUGGAAGCGGCAAAACAUUUCCUCAAACCUGAGCUGCUAAAUGAUAUUCGACUUUAUCUAACUAACGCCCGGUUGACCCAAUAUGACUUAUCAGACGGUGUGCUUGAGAUGGUCCAAAAUAAGUUUGUUGAAAUGAGACAAGCUGGUAACAUCACAGGAGACGAUCUUCACAGUCUCCUUGUUUUGGCGAGACUUGUUUGCAUCUCACAAGGAAGAAACACCUUGGAUGAGGAAUGUUGGAAGAAAGCGUGUGCCUUGGAAGAAGCCCGAAAAGAAAGAAUAAAGAAUCGCAGUUCCGAGAAAUAAUUUAAAAGAUGUGGUUUUUAUUUUCUAUUUUCUGAUAAUAAAUUGUCACUUUUUAAA